AUGUCCCGCCUGUUGCUUUUGGCAUUGCUUCUUGGGAUCUGUGCGGCCGCUCCCGCCUCCGAUGUCGAGACCCUGGAGAUCACGAGCGCAGAUCGCAAGCUCCGCGCGCUGGGCUACCGUGUCCAGAUCAGGACCAGCAUCGCCGUUGUUAACACGGGCAAGGCCCCGAUCGCGUCGUCCAGCUCCGGGCAGAGGGAGACGCCGCUGAAGGGCGCCCUGGUGGUCCUCCCCGAGGCACCCCACAACGUCACCUGCCUGCGAUUCCAGCUGAACGCCCCCCUUCCGCCCAAAGGCACCCUCGACUUUGAGGUGGUGGGCGUGUAUGUCGGGACCCUGGAGCCCUGGCCCAGGCAGGCCCCCGCCGACGCACCCACCCUGGCCCUCUAUCGUGACAGUGCCGCGCUGGUGUCGCCCUACCCGGUCCGCCAGCAGACCUUCAAGAUGGAACUGGGCAGGAUCGAGUCGGUGGAGGCGCCCGGCGCGGAGGUCACAACGAAGGGGCAGGGCGCCGAGGUGCGGGCCCCGGGCGCCACCCCCCCCUUCCGCCAGCUCCCCUUCGCCGCCCACUUCGAGGUGGUGGGCCUGUUUGUGAAGGGCCGCUCGGCGCGCCGCCGCGUCGACGUCAGCCCCGUGGGCGCGUCCCAGUUCGACGAGGAGUACGAGGUGGAGCACCGAGGCGCGGCGCUGAAGGGCGAGUGGUCCCGGCUGGACUACAUCUCGCGCACGAAGAAGUACGGCCCCGGCGCCGUCAGCGGCCUGCAUGUCACGGGCUUGCCAGCCAACGCGGCCAACCUCUACUUCCGCGACGGCAUCGGCAACAUCUCCUCCUCUGCCGUCCAACGCACCGAGACCGGGGUGCGAGUGCUCCUCCAGCCCCGCUACCCUCUCUUUGGCGGCUGGACCACAGACUUCAAGUUUGGGUGCGUCACCGAGGUGGCCUUUGACGAGGCGGAGCUCAAGGUGAUUUUGCCGCCAGGGGCAACUCUGCUCAACGUGGAGCUUCCCAUGGAAGUGGAGCGGAGGUUGGAGGUCACGCACGACUUCCUUUCUCUGGUCGGACGGACUGUGGUCGUACUGCGAAGGCCCAUGUACGUACCCGAACUCAACGUUCCCCUCCGCGUGACCUUCAAGCCGGGGGGCACGAUACUGGAAAAGUCUACCGCAUGGCUCGUGACGGGCGCGGCCCUGGUGGCGGGAGCGAGCAUCGUGCGACGGAUCGCCUCCAGCUGA